GAUCAGUGACAAAUGGAAGCACAGCUUCAUAGAACAUCUUCGAUCGAGUGCGAGCCCAGAACGUUGAGUAUUGAUCAAAUCCAAGGUGCUAGGGAGGCUGCCAUGUAUGUGGUGAGUACCAGAACCAUCGAAGAAGCCAUGUCUAUUUUCACUCAGGGAUUAGAGCCGGUGGUUUGCCCUGCAGGAGAUAACAUAGAUACCUUCCUUUGGGAUGAUGAACAGGGAUUAGAGCCGGUGGUUUGCCCUGCGGGAGAUAACAUAGAUACCACCAUGGAUCUCAAUGAAAUGGAGUACUUCCAAGACCUGGACUUGCAAGGAAUGCGCGACGUCGUUUCUGCUCCUUUCUAGUUUACCUUUUU